ACAGUUUAGGCCUACAAAGUACUUUGUUCUCAGCACAUAGUAGGAGGCAACAUUAUGCGGCAGUCAUAUCAUGGAGAUUUUAUGUACACACAGAGUACGCUCCAUUUAACAGAAGAAAAGAAGAAACAGUUCUCACUGUGUGUGGAGAUAAUAGGCUGAUUGACUCAUAUGCCCAGUCAGGCAGACAAUUUGUUUUCAGCAGACAAUUUGUUUUCAGCAGUUCCUUCCAGUCCAGCGGUUUCGGGGCUGUCCUUGGCAGAUGCCUUUGCAUAAAUACCCAACAUCCUGUCUGCCCGUCAGUCCUGACGGAGAUUUCCAUGCCCUCAGGUGUCUUCUCAUACCCAAGGAAUUGCUUCAGACAGCACUAAUAGGCUGCAUUCAACCUAAUUGAAGAGUCCAGUCUCAACAGGAGGUAGUCAUCUUUCACAGUAGACAAGGACACGGUAUCAAAAGGAGUCUUCUCUCGGAGUAGACCGUCCCGAUAGGAUACAAUCCGUUUUCAAAGUGGACUUACUAGGAUCCAGUCUCAAGAGGAGGCACACUGUUUUCAGAACAGACAAGAACAUCUGCAGGGUUGUGUGUGUGUGUGUGUGUGUGAGGACAAUAGACGGACAUACAGCCAUGUCGUUGUCAGGAGACGUGUGUGUGGUGACGGGAGCUUGCGGAUUCCUGGGGCAGCACCUGGUGAAGCUACUCCUGGAGGAGGAGAAGCUGGCUGAGAUCCGACUGCUGGACAGGAGCGUCCAACCGGAACUCAUACAGGACCUGGAAGGUAAAAGGGGUGAGACGACAGUGAGCGUGUUUGAGGGAGACAUCAGGGACGCUGAUCUCCUGAGGAGAGCCUGUCGGGGCGCAUCCAUCGUUUUCCACACGGUCUCCCUCAUCGACGUCAUAGGAGCACUGAAGUACAGUGAACUCCACGGGGUCAAUGUCAAAGGGACCCAGAUGCUUCUGGAAGCGUGCGUCCAGGAGAACGUCUGCUCGCUCAUCUACACGAGCAGCAUCGAGGUGGCCGGCCCCAACCCCCGCGGCGACCCCGUGGUCAACGGCGACGAGGACACGCCGUACUCCGCCUGCCUGAGGUUCCCCUACAGCCGCACCAAGAAGGAGGCCGAGGACCUGUGCCUCCGCGCCCAGGGCGAGGUGCUCCGCAACGGGGGCCGCCUGGCCACCUGCGCCCUGCGGCCCAUGUACAUCUACGGCGCCGGCUGCCGCUUCACGCUGGGCCACAUGCGCGACGGCAUCCGCAACGGCCACGUGCUCCUGCGGGCGUCGCCGCGCCGCGCGCUCGUCAACCCCGUCUACGUGGGCAACGUGGCCGCCGCGCACCUCCAGGCCGCCCGGGCGCUCCGCGACCCGCGCACGAGGGCGGCGGUCGGCGGGAACGUGUACUACGUGGCGGACGACACGCCGCCGGUCAGCUACUCGGACUUCAACCACGCCGUGCUGGCGCCGCUGGGAUUCGGGAUCCAGGAGCGGCCGGCGCUCCCGUUCCCCGUGCUCUACGUCGUCUGCUUCCUGAUGGAGAUGCUGCAGACGGUCCUCCGCCCCUUCGUGCAGUUCGCUCCGCCCCUGAACAGGCAGCUGCUGACCAUGCUGUACACGCCCUUCUCGUUCUCCUACCAGAAGGCCAAGAGGGAUUUGGGGUACACACCCCGAUAUAGUUGGGAGGAGGCGCGCAAGACCACCACUGAUUGGCUGGCCUUAAUGCUGGCCAAGGAGAGAGCCCAAGUCAAAGCCAAAUGAUUUCUAGAUGGUAGAAAGGAAAUGAGGGAGUCUGAGUGGGUAGAAAACAUUUUCUGAUAGAUUUCACUGAAAGGAGUUACCCUGGUAAAACCACACUCAUUCGCUUUGUGAAGAGAGUCUGGCCUUUCAUUAUUGGGGAUUGACGUUUCCAACUCUAGCAUCAGGCCGGCGUAGACUUUGUGUUAACUUUGGUUAGGCCGGAUCAAUGAUUUCAAUCACAUGAUCAACCUAUCACAUUUCCUAACAUUACUUCCUAUUUUGCCUAAACUUAAUAAAUCGACAAUAAACUGCAUCAACAGUCCUCGGCAGUCCGGCUGUAGGCCUAGAUAUAUUUACACAUUCUUCUGACUGCAAUUUUUAUGUGUUGCUACUACCAUUCACCACAGCCAUUUCCUUUUUUGAAAAAAGUCGACCCCUCCCAUCGCUGGUUGGGCUUGUCUCCCUGGUGUGUAAGGGGAACAUAUUGUCAUAUUGUCAUAUUGUCGUGAGCCAGGCUAGUAGUAAAUCACUGAGAUGGCCAUGGCUGGAAAGGAGUGGACUGUAGGUUCUUCUCUAAACCUCAACAUUCACUUGAAAACAAAGUGUAAUUUUACAAAAUGUGAUUUUAUUCUAUGAUUCUAUUGUAAGACUUUUAUUUUGAAUGCUAUUGAAUAUUAUUUUAAGAGGAUGUGUUGAUAAUAAACCAAUUUGCAAU